UUAACUGAGAUGGGUUAAUGGUCGUGGUGCAGGAGUCCGGCGCGGCCCCCGGCAUGUCCGGGUACGUGAACAUCACGCAGCACCGGGGCGGCAAAGUGACGUUCACGGCGGAGGACGCGGAGGACAGCGCGCCCUCCUCCGCCUUCGUCAAGUCCGUCAAGGAGAUCCCCUACGACCUGGCGGUGCUCCAGAUCAGCAAGGUGCUGGCCUCGCCGGAGGCCGAGGCGCCCGUGGCGGCGCCGGCGCCCGUCAACAUCACCGAGCUGCUCUCCAAGAAGUACUGCAAGAGCUUCGCCGGCCUGCUGGCCGCCAACGCCGACGCCUACAGCACCAUCAACGCCACCAAGGACAACGGGCUCACCCUCUUCUGCCCCGUCGACUCCGCCGUCGCCUCCUUCAUGCCCAAGUACAAGAACCUGACGGCCAAGGGCAGGACGGCCAUCCUGCUCUACCACGCCGUGCCGGACUACUACUCGCUGCAGCUGCUCACCUCCAACAGCGGCAAGGUCAGCACGCUCGCCACCUCCAACGUCGCCAAGAAGGACUACAGCUUCGACGUCGAGAAGGACGGCGAGACCGCCGAGCUGGACACCAAGGUGAACUCGGCCUCGGUCACCUACACCAUCAAGGACGACGACCCGCUCGCCGUCUACGCCAUCUCCAAGUUCCUGCAGCCCAAGGAGCUGUACAAGAUCGCCAAGGACAUCGCCCCCGCGCCGGCGCCCGAGGCCCCCAAGAAGAAGAAGACCACCAAGAAGAAGCCCUCCGCGGCCGCCUCGCCCUCGGACGACGACGACGACGAUGACUCCGCCGCGGACUCGCCCGACGACUCCUCAUCCGACGACGCCACCGCUGACAAGGACGGCGCCGCGCCGUCCGCGGUGGCCGGGUGGGUGACGGCCGCCGUGGCCGUGGCCUUGGCGCUGGCAUUGGCAGCUUAAUAAGGUGUGUGAACUAGUGUGUUUUUGUGCUGAGUUCUCCCAAAAUUCGUGGCCCUUGUUAUUUAGCGCGAAAAAUAAGAAGGGCCAUUUCAUUCAUAUUUAUUACCGCAUGUCCUGAAGAAAAAGAAGGGAAAAGACAGGAAUUUCCGGGGUUUUUGUUGUGAUGAUCAUUUUGUAAUGAUAGUGGUCAAUGGUACUGGAAUGUGUGUUUGUGUUUAUAAUACUACAUAUGACAGACAUCCUGGAGCUUAGAGUGAUGUACAAUUUUCUAGUUCUACCA